ACUGUUCUAGAGACUCUUGUUUCAGAACAGAAAGAGGAAAUGGCAAAAAUUAAGACAGAAACUUCCUCAGGUCAAAGUCAGGCAGAGUAUGAGCAAACCAAGUUAGUUUGUCGUACUCAAUUGAUGGAACAUUAUCGCAGUGAUGUACUUAAAGUAUCAGCAAUACCUUUACAACCAGAUGAAGAAAAUUAUAACUUCAGUGACAUUUAUAUAAGACCCACUAUAACAAAUAAGAUAGAAAAGAACAGAAGGGAGUCUGAGGAGAAAGAAAUAGAGUCCAUGUCAGAGAUUUUCACAAAGAACAGGGAACCACAGAAAUUUAUUUAUGUUGUUGGAGAUGCAGGGUCUGGUAAGAGUAGUUUCUGUAAAUAUUUGAUCAACUGUUGGUGUAUGGCACACAGUGAUGGACCCAAUACAGAUGAUGAGUUUGAAGGAGUCAAGGAAAUGAAGAAAUUUGAUUUUAUGUUUUAUAUUUCUCUUAGACAUAACAUAAAGAUCCGAAGUAUCCAAGAAAUGCUUGAAAUGCGAUAUGAUAAGAUAAAAAAUUUAAGUAAACUUCUGGAAAAUGAUUCUGAAAAGAUAAUUAUUUUGCUUGAUGGUUUAGAUGAAUGGUCUUUUGACAGUGAGACUAGAAAUGAGUUCCAGGCAGGCCUUCCUGAACGUGACUUUACAAAGAAAUACACCAUUGUUACUACAUCACGACCAUGGAAAAUUCACAGUUUGAGAGUAAGUAAUAGAGAGAUACAUCAAUUAUUGAAAUUAAAGGGGUUUGAUGAAACACAUGAAAAAGAAAUGAUUGAGAAAACAAUAACAGCGUUGAACGAAUCAUUAGAUCCUAGUGAGUGUGAACAAAAGCUUAAGGUACGUUCUGUGGUUGGCCUGAAACAGGUACCAAUUAUGCUGCAGCAAUUGGUUUGUCUAUGGUGUGAUGGUAAACUUGAUAAAACCUCAAGGUGUGCUAUUUAUACUGGUAUGUUAGAACUUUAUUUCACCUGGAAUUUCAAUAAAACUUUAGGAAAUAAUACAGAAUGUAUGGAAAGUUCUCAGAAUGUUGAACUCCCUCAGUAUUUAACAGAUGUAGAGAUAUGUAGAUUAAAUAGUCAUCUUAUAUAUGGUGUGUCAUACUUGGCUUAUGAGACAUUGUUCAAUUAUCCAAAGGAUAAGUCCUUAACAUUUGACAAAUCUGUGUUUGAUGAUUUAAAAAUAUCACAUGAAAUGCGAGAAACAUGUCUGAAACUGGGAAUUUUGACAGAAGAUAAAUGUCCUUCUUUUUCUGUAUCCAAACCUAAAAGCUCUGUGUUCUCUUUCAUUCACAAAUCAAUGCAAGAAUUUCUGGCUGCAGUGAAUAUCGGUAUCAAUUUCAAUGCAAAAAUUGGUUUGUCAGAUAGUACAGGAAAUAAUGAAUUAGCCAAAAAGUUUAUUAAUGAGGUUUUUCAGAAAUGUUCAACAGUAAAUGACAUAUUAGAGCAGUCAAAUGUCAUCAUUAUGCUAUGUGGUCUAGAACCUAGAUUAGCAACACAUGUUUCAAAAUACAUAUAUGAUACUGUGUCAGAAGACUCUCGUGUUCAGGAAUACAGGAGAACAAUAAAUAGUAGCAUUUAUAGGGAUCAUAGUUGUAUUACUGAUAUUCAAAAGCUUAUGUUUGAGUCAAUGGAAGAAUUCAAUGCAACAUGUAGUAUAGGAAGUAAUCCUGUAUUUUAUAUAGGAGAUUUGGUCAUUGAUAGAUGGGUCAGUAUUGUGAUAUUGUUUGUUCAGGUAUUGAUCAGCAUCAAAUUGUUCCUGACUCUGUUCUGUCUAUUAAUGUAGAUGACAUCAACACAAAAAAUGUUAAAUUUACAAAAUAUUUACCAAUGUUUCAUCAUCUUGAAAAAAUUGAAAUAAGAUAUGAAUCUGAAUCUCAAAGGUUAUUUAGUACACAAAGUGAUAGUACACAGAGUAAUAAACAGAGGAUUGAUGAGAUAAACAAUUGUGUUUCUGAGACAAUUAAAGUAAAUACUUUAACAUUAAAAUCUCUGUCUCUUGCUUAUGUCUUACCCAAGUAUUACCCAGUGUGUAAAACAGUUGUUAGUUACCUACCU